UAAUCUCUUUGCAUUAGUGCUUAGCCACUUGCUACCAAAAUAGCAGUGAAGUCUCGGCGUUAGCUUCCCACUAAGCCUUUCCCAACCAGAAGAGGAAUAUCCGCGGCUUAAUAAAAAUGGCCUCGCUGGGGGAGCCGGUGCGAUUAGAAAGAGACAUCUCCCGUGCCAUAGAGCUGCUGGACAAACUCCAGAGAACAGGAGAAGUACCUCCUCAGAAGCUGCAGGCCCUACAGAGGGUUUUGCAAAGUGAGUUCUGCAACGCUGUACGAGAGGUUUAUGAACACGUGUAUGAGACAGUGGACAUUAACAGCAGUCCAGAGGUCAGAGCCAAUGCCACAGCAAAGGCUACAGUGGCCGCCUUUGCUGCAAGCGAAGGACACUCCCACCCUCGCGUGGUGGAGCUGCCAAAAACUGAGGAAGGCCUCGGUUUCAACAUCAUGGGAGGGAAAGAGCAGAACUCGCCAAUCUACAUCUCCCGCAUCAUCCCUGGAGGCAUUGCCGACCGUCAUGGUGGCCUCAAGCGAGGGGACCAGCUGCUCUCGGUCAACGGUGUGAGUGUGGAAGGGGAGCAUCAUGAGAAGGCAGUGGAGCUCUUAAAGGCAGCUCAGGGUACGGUCAAGCUUGUAGUCCGCUACACCCCUAAAGUUUUGGAGGAGAUGGAGUCUCGGUUUGAGAAAAUGCGAUCUGCCAAACGCCGCCAACAGAACAGCUACCCGAAGUAGGGUAACCAGGCUGUGGCCCUCAUAUCAUAUCAUGUCUUUCUCUCUCUAUCUGUCUUUUUCUCUCUCUCACAUUUUCUGCCCAGGGAUUGGACACACAUACGGCACUUCCUUUUUUUUCGGGAAUUUUCUAAAACUUCAGUACCACUUGAAAGUCUAAGCACACUCUUUUAUGGUUAUGUGAAAAUAAACACUACGACUUUUCUGCCCCUCUGUGGUUAUACACUCAAACAUGACACGUAAUGUACAUCACUCUGUGUCAGGUGAAGGUUAAGCAGUCAGGGUUUGCAAGGGGACCAUCACUCUAAGGUCAUUAAAAUAAAAUGAAAAAAGGAUUAAAAAGUGCCUCAAGAGCUUAAGUUAAAACAUAAUAGCUCUCAAACAUUUGAAUUCUACUAUACUGUACGUUACAUAAACUGACAGAUGAGCAUAAAGAAUGCACACUCAUCUAAACACCCGGACGCUUCUAAGAACCGAGAUGAGCAUAAGCAAGGCUUUGGAAGUAUGAACAAGAUGUUUCAUGUCACUUACACAUACUGUCCGCGAUUCGCAUAAGCAAGAACGCCAUCAUGACUUAUGUUGCAUUCCUUAUUAUUUUAUCUUAGAUUUGCUGUAUUAAUAAUAAAUAAAAUAAUUUUUGGAUUGAGAUCAAUUGGGAUUGUACAGAAAAUUGUUUUUGUUACAUUCUGUUUGUUUUAGUUCCUAGCUUUUUUUUUCAUUUUUUUUAGCAUUUUUACUCUCUACUCAUGGUCAUACAGCAACAUGAAGCAACAAAGCGAUAUAUAUAUAUAUAUAUAUAUAUAUAUAUAUAUAUAUAUUGUAGAAGGAUUGGUAAAGUAGAUUUUCAGCACUGACUCCCUUCACACUGAAGACUUUGGGUGAAAGGUAUUUAAUGACACUGAUAUAUUUAUUUCUUUUAAAUGUACCCUAGACAUAUUUUGUAGCAUAAAAGUUUCUAUUAUGUAUAUGCAGUAGCUUAUAGGAUUAAUUUGCUAUUCCUAUUGCUAGUGAUUUUUCUUUCUUAUUUUUUAAAGCAGAAUUGAUUUGUAGUCGCUUACUGUCUAUAAGUAUCUUAUUUUUUUAUAGAAUUCUCAGAAAGAGGUUUAUUAUUCAGUAGCCACAAAGAUGAAUAUUCAUCUUCUUUAUCCUGCUUAUUCAUCUCAAGGCAAUAUUUGUACAGAUUCAGAAAUCAUUCCACCAACGCUUCACACUUUAACACUCACAAUUAUAAUAAUAAUAAUAAAAAUAAAAAAGGCAACGUUUCAUAUGUCUUUUAACCUUAAACGUGCAUAUAUUCACUGUCAUGAUCAAAAGAAAACGUCUAUUCUUCUGUCUCUUAAAAUCUUUUGCAUGAUUCUAAUUGUAGAUAUUCAUUAAUCAUGGAGAGAUGUAAGGAGAGAUCUGAGGUCUGAUCUCCUGCAUGAAAAGAAGCCUUCUUAUAAUUAAAACUUGAUCAAAUGUUGUUAAAAACCCAUUUUGGAAAAUGAAAGAGUUGGAUGCUUUGUUGUUCUCUUAAGUUUUGAGAACUCAGGUUGCAUUUCACCAUCUCUGAUUUUUCUUGACAUUUCACGACCUAAAGUUACACUAAGCAAUAAAGCUUGCUCUACUUUCUCCAGCCCCUAUUAUACUAAAUCUGCAUCACUUGUUCACUUUUGGAAGGCUUACUUGCUAUUUUUGUAUCAGCAUUUUCUUAUGAUGUUUUGCUUGCCUUUUUUGAUAAAUUUUAUUCACGGGAUUUUUUUUUCCAAGCAAUUAUUUGUAUUACUUUUCUGAGGACAUUGUCCCAUCGUUUUUUCGAGUACAAAGACCAAACGUGCAAUUUUUCUGACAGCUAUUUGAUAUCAUGUUGAAUGUCCAGUAUGCUAGUUUGGGAAUGUUGCUUUAAUGAGCCUAAAUACUAUUGUAUCUGUUGACCUUCUUCUUUCCUGGUAAAUUGUCUUACAUGUAAUGUUAGCUGCAUAAAAUUCAAUAUUUCUUCUUAGGUUUACUUCGGAGUAAUGAUUUCAAGCUGCACAAAAUAAAGUACACAGAAAUAUUG